AUGUCUUCGUCUUUUUCUGGAGCUAUUUCUUCAUAUCCACCCACAAUUUGUCUAGACGCGUCUAUUACUAGCAUCGGUGGCUCGGAUGUUCUCUUGGUUGAAGCAAUAGAACGAGAAGACGAAGAAGACUCCCUUCAACAUACCAACAUCGAAAAUGAACCCACUCAACUGAAAAAGAAGAAGAAGAAGAAACCCAAGAAAUCCGCUAGUGUCAAGGCGAAAGAAGCUGCAGCGAAAGCGAAAGAGGAGAAGGAUAAGCCACCUGUAUUAUGCAUCAGUAGGAAUAAACAUUGGAAGUAUAUCAGUUCUUACCAUGGUCCAUGGCUCCAGCUUCCCCUCGAACUCCUCGAAUCUUUGUUAGUACUCAACCUCGAUCCAGCAACAUUGUCACCUCCUUCGACCGAAGAAAUUCAAGCACAGCCCCCGAUUAUGCCUGCUAUCACCGAUACAGGAUACCCUUCGCCCCCCAAAUCCAAGAACAUGAUGAACUCGAAUGAAAAGGAUAAAGAUAGAGACAGAGACUUCCACGCUCUGUCAUCUCCGUCAUACGGAGGGACAUUCUCGAACCCAAACGGCCUUCCUACACCGACCUGGAAUAUACCACCGCCAUCCCCACCGCCGUUACCGAACAUACAACCAGGAAAAGCACCGCCGCCGCCCAUCGACCCUGGGGUGUUUAGGAAUGUAACGUCGAUAAGGAGGCUCAUUGACGAAGCUGCCGAGUUGAGUGUGAGAGCUUCAUCUGGGCUCUCAGCUGCUGAGUUGAGGUCGACUGGAGGGUUGGGAGGUGGUGCUUUGGGAGGGUUGGGAUUGGGAUCAGGCGGUGGUGGGUAUGGGGCAGGAGGAGGAAGUGUUUGGAGUGCGGCUCAGACGCUUGGUAUCAAUCCCUUGGGAGGUCAUGGUCAUGGUGGUGGGGGAGGGAGGAACGUUGCGAUGAGUGCGAUGAGGGUACACCGGUUGAGGGCAUUGGCGGUGCAGAAGUUGGCUGCAGCAUAUAAAGCGGACGAGAUUGCGAGUAGUGUUAUGGUCAUGCAAGGAGGUAGUGUGUUUGAUGACUUGGCUGAGAAAGUUUUAAAAUUUGAUCCGAACGACGUGGAUGCUAAAUAUGUACAUUUCUUCCAUGAAAAAAUUCCAUCCCGUCAAUUAGCGGAAUCCACUACAACCCAAUUGCUUGAUGAACUCAUCCAAGCACGACCUCAAAGACUCGAAUUCUACCGUACACGCGGAAUCGUUCAUUGUUUUAAAGAUGAAUACUUACAAGCGACGAAAGACUUCACUUAUGCUCUCAAAGAAGCGAGGGCAGCGAGGAAAGCCAAGAUGAACCAUGUACAUGGAGAUACUGUUAACGGAGGCGGAGGAGGUAGGGAUGACGGUGGCGGAAGCGGUGGGAAAGGCGGUGGUGGGAAAGGGAGGAAAAAACACCAACGGGGCAAUAGCCAGCAAAAGCAGCAACAACAGCAGGUGGCUGGUGACGAGGAGGAUUCGUCAGAGGCUGCGUCAACUACAUCUUCUUCACCUUUGCCUUCUUCGCAGCCUGCUAUGCAUCCUGCGGCACUUGCAUACCCACAAUCCCCGGAUCCACUGGAACCUCAGUUGUUAUUUUUGAGGGGUGCUGCAUACCUGUCUCAUGCCGUUUAUCUGAUUGAAACGGCCGUACUGAAACUUGAGGGCGUCGUUAAAAUCCCCACUUUGGACGGUGCAGAGCUCCGUUUGUGCUAUCUGGAGGAUGGCAAGUACGGUGGUGUUGAGAUCGGACAUCCAGAUGGACCUCUUGGGGAGAAAGGUGGGGAGAAGGUUAGGAAGUACAGGGAGGUGUUUUUGGGUGAUGGAAACGUUGGAAAGAAAAAUUGUGGGAUGAGGGAGAAGGUCGAGGGGAUGUUGAGGAAGAGUAUUCGGGAUCACGAGAAGUUUUUGGCGCAUUUCGAUUCACUGGGGUCUGGACCGUCACCCAUUCGUGCGGAGGAUCUGAGAACCAACGGGGAUGACACUAGCGGUUUCUGUAGCUGGGUGAAAGAGGGACGGCAUAUCGAGCUGUUGAAUCAGACGGAAUACGCAUUCUAUCUAUCGGAGAGUGUGCGUCCUGGGGGUCAUCAGCCUACGAUGCCGCCUGCAUUUGCACCAACCCCAAGCGGGAGUUUUCAUCAGUCGGACUACUCGGUCUUUCAAACUCUCGCCUCACCUCCCCCACCAACGUUUACGACGUAUCACCCGCUUCUUGUGGAGUCGCAUUUCAGUAUCUUAUUAUCGCUUUUGCUUUUGGGCGACUUCACUGCGAUACUUGGUCGGUUUGCUCGCACAGCUGCGCUAGUUGAUGGGCUCGAGGGUUAUCCCGUAUUUUUACCACCACGGAGUAUGGCUCAAGCGGAAUUCAUUGAGGUGCUGGAGAGGCUGGCUGGCUGGAAAGUCGGUUGCAAGGCGAGCGUUGCAGAGAUAGAGAGGGAGAGGGAGAGGAGGAGAGAAAGGGAGAGUGUGAAAGAGGGGAAGAUGAUUGAGGUUGCUCCUACUGCGAUGAUUGAGGAGUAUAAUCCAAAUGUUCAUCAACAGCAUCAACAGCAGCAGGAUUAUCUGUCCUCUUCGUUAGGCGAAUCGUCUUCAUCUUCAGCUUCGUCUGCAGCGCCCUCUCUAUCUACCACACCUCGCAGCAACACGCCUGAUAAUAACAUCAACCCAUCCCAUGCUGCCCUCAACGCUUCGCCCUCAUGGGUACAUCCUCGCUCCGACGCGGUCGAAGCGCUUGAAUGUGCGAGAAUAUUGUUAGCUCCUGUUAUCGCCCGUCAACGGGAGAAAGCUGAGAAAGGAAAGGCUAAUAGAACUCGGGAAAAGGCGAACAGCAGCAAAUCUGCAAAGGCGGCCGAUUUCCACGUUCAAGACAAGAGCCUCGUUCAGGUAAAUGGGAGUUUUCCACCCAUCAAGAAGCCGGUUCCUAUCAAUAUACCACUUCAUGGACCGCGAGUCGAGGUGGUGCUUGCAUGGCUGGGCGCAGUUCAUUUACCCGAGCUGGAGGGUGUAGAUUUUGAUGGUUAA